AUGAGUUUCUUCAAGUCAUUCAAAAAGAAUCAAUCUAAUUAUACGCCAUUGUCCCAAAAUGAUGAUGGGGCCCCUUUACCAGCACCGGCAACUAAUAGUAAUAAUUCCACUCCGAAUUCAUUUAAGACUAGAUUAGGUAAACUCAAUCCCUUUAGGAAUAAUUCUGUUUAUCUUGAAGACGAUGAAAAUUAUGUUACUUCUGAACCUGGCUAUUUUGAAUUGUCUAGGUGGGAUAGAAUGUUGAUCUUUGGAUUAACAUUUGCAGGCUCAGUAUCAUGUUACUUGAUUUGCAUAUUUUUAUUUCCAAUUUUAUCUUUAAAACCAAGAAAGUUUGCAUUAUUAUGGUCAUUAGGAUCUAUUUUUUUCUUGGUUAGUUUCGGUGUUUUACAGGGGUUUAAAGCUUACAUGCAACAUUUAUUUCUGUCUACUAGAAUAAUUUUCACAAUUGUAUUUGUUACUAGUAUCAUAUUAACCUUAGUAAGUUGCUUAUCAUUAAGAAGUACGUUGCUUUCUAUAAUAUUUGCGGUUAUACAAUUAAUAAGUGCAAUUUGGUAUACUGUUAGUUAUUUUCCUAUGGGCCAGCAAACGUUGAACCUAGCUGGAAACGUGGCUAGGAGCCAAGUCGACGGCUGGAUAAGGUCUUAA